CCCGCAGACGCAUGGACCCGGCCGCUCCAUUUCCCCUCCCCCCCGCGCCCUGCGCGUCUUGGUUCGGGCCGCGCAUAAAAGCCUGGGCGGCCCAGGACGCACUUGCCGCUGAGAACGCGGGUCCACGCGUCUGGUCGUCUGUGCGUCAGGCCUUUACCCACGCAGCUUUCAGUUAUGACCUGCAGAGUGCAAAUCGGCAAGCCCGCCCCUGACUUUAAAGCCACCGCCGUGGUGGAUGGCGCCUUUAAGGAGGUGAAGCUUUCGGACUACAAAGGGAAGUACGUGGUCCUCUUUUUCUAUCCGCUGGACUUCACUUUUGUGUGCCCCACGGAGAUCAUCGCUUUCAGCGAUCACGCCGAGGACUUCCACAAGCUGGGCUGCGAAGUGCUGGGGGUCUCUGUGGACUCUCAGUUCACCCACCUGGCUUGGAUCAACACCCCCCGGAAGGAGGGAGGCCUGGGCCCCCUGAACAUCCCCCUGCUUGCUGAUGUGUCUAGAAGCUUGUCUCAUGACUAUGGCGUGCUGAAAGAGGAUGAAGGCAUUGCCUACAGGGGCCUCUUUAUUAUCGACGGCAAGGGUGUCCUUCGCCAGAUCACUAUUAACGAUCUGCCUGUGGGACGCUCCGUGGAUGAGGCUCUGCGGCUGGUCCAGGCCUUCCAAUACACCGACGAGCACGGGGAAGUCUGUCCCGCUGGCUGGAAGCCUGGCAGCGACACGAUCAAGCCCAACGUGGAUGACAGCAAGGAGUACUUCUCCAAACACAACUAGGCUGGUAGAUGGAUAGUGGCCUUGUGCUCUCAGCCCCCAUGUAUGCCCCUGCCUGGGUGCCCUGUGCUGACCCAGGAAAGGCCAGACCUGCCCCUCCAAACUCCAUAAUCCCUGGAGGGCUAGGCCAAGGUCUUUUCAUGCCCCCACCUGGGACUGGUGAAUAGUGACUCCACCCAGCCUGGCAAAGACCUAGAGGUAACCAAUAAAGUAUUAGGGACAGAUG